AUGCAGGAUCAGCACAAAGACCCAGCCAACUCCACUGUGGAGGUGGACCAAGUCAAGUCCGAGCCCACGGCCCCCGAUCAAUUCGACGAGCGAUACCGCACGACCCGGAAGGAGAUCUGGGCAUACUAUGCCUAUUAUAUCGGGAAUAACGGGCUAUCGCUGUUCAAUUUUGCGCCAACGGCUUUUCAGAACCUGCUGUACCAAGCCGCGCCUGAAAGUGGACUGCUAGACUUCAUAGGUCAUCCAAGAACUGUGAAUAGCAUCGUGCUCCUCUCAAAUGGAAUUUCCUUCGCGAUCCAGGUCGUGGUAUUCCUGGUUAUUGGCAGUUUUGCCGAUUUCGGCUACUGGCGGCCUAAUAUCUUGAUCGCGCUUUCAAUCAUCGCUUAUGCCAUCGGCUUUGGCUGGUUGGGUGUACACACUUCGGAAAAAUGGCACAUCGGUGUAGGCUUGUACAUGGUCGGUCUGAUUGCCUACCAGACCACACUGACUUUCUGGACGGCUGCAUUCCCCGGAUUGGCGCGCAAUACCGCCGAGUUGAAAGAUAAGGCCGAUGCAUAUGUUGCUGGGACAAUUACACGAGAAGAAUAUGACUACGCGGAUACGAUGAUGCGGAGUAAAUUGGCCAAUGUCGCUUUUUACGUCCAGUCCGUGGCGGAGAUUUUCAUCCUCGCUAUCAUUGUUGGAAUCAUGUUCGGACUGAAGGUCAAUGAAAGCGAGAGCAACAACAAUUGGGGAUUGAGUGUGUUGAUCGCAUUCGUUUCUGGGGUAUGGUUACUCGUCUCGAUUCCGUGGUUUGUUCUUGAGAAGAGGCGUCCUGGUCAGGAUCCUGGGAGACGAUCCAUUCUGCUGGCGGGUAUUUGGCAACUAUGGUAUGCCGUGAAGCAGAUCUGGCAUUUGAAGCAGAGUCUCAUUUAUCUCAUCGGCUAUUUCCUUUUGGGAGACUCUCUCAAUACGACCGUCACUGUCAUUGCAACGCUGCAAAAUAGUAUUGUUGCUUACAACACGCUGGAAUUAACAUACCUUCUUAUUGUUGGAAUCGCCGCGCAGGCGGUUGGCAUAUAUACAUUUUGGCAAGUACAGCAAAGAUUCCGACUAGGAACCAAGACUAUGUUCAAUACAAUUGCCGUGGGCAUCAUUCUCUUGGACGGUUGGGGCAUGAUUGGCAUUUGGACAGACAAAUUCGGCUUCCACAAUGCAUGGGAAGUCUGGGUAUACCAAGCCUUCUACGGUCUUUUCAUCUGUCCUUGGUACAGUUACUCCCAAAUCAUGAUCUCGGAGGUAACCCCUCGCGGCCACGAGUUCCUGUUUUUCAGUUUGUUCAGCAUCAUCGGAAAAACAUCAUCCUUCAUCGGACCCAUUGUCUCAAGCGCCAUCAUCGAUGCAAGCCCGACUGGAAACGUCUCAACGCCAUUCUACUUUUUGUUUGCGCUGAGUCUCGUGAGCUUUUUGAUUCUCUUCCUGGGUGUGGAUUUGAAGAAGAGCCAGGAGGAGCAGGAGAAGUUCUUGUUGGAUAAGUUGCGGAAGUUGAACGCGAGUGAUUCUUCGUCGGAUGAACGAAUCUCGACGCCGGUCUGA